AUGGCGGCGAACACCACUAUUCCUCAUGAUAUCAUGCUCAAUAUUUUUUCAAGACUCCCUGCAAAAUCGAUUUGCAGGUUCAGGUGUUUAUCUAAACUAUGGUCGAGAAUAUUCUCCACUACAUACUUCCUCAAUUCCGUCAAUUCCCAGCUUCAUCGAAAACCGGACGAACAAAGUGUAAUUUUCAUCACCCGACCCCGUGAAAUCAUCAAAACAAUCGACAAGAUUCAGUUGAAUGCCGUUUCAAGAACAAUUGAUUUCAAGCCGUCGCAUGGUUGGUUCAAAAUUCUGGGUUCUUGCGACGGGUUGAUCUUGUUGCAGACAUUCGAAUGUCGGGUCUUCUUGAUCAAUCCGGUCACCGUGGAGAUCUUAGAAGUACCACCGGCGACGGAAAAUCGAAUACGGACCCACAAGUAUGGCUUCGGUUACGAUCCUUGGAACGACGAGUAUAAAAUUGUGGAGGCACGAUAUUCUAUGCCUUUUGUAGAGAAAUCGAAAAUGGCUGUCGAAGUUUAUAAUGUGAAACAGCGUGUUUGGAAACGCGUGGAAGACUCCCCGUUCAUUCCGUCUCCUUCUCGAUACAGUCACUCCGCAUACUUGAAUGGGAAGAUACAUUGGCUCGUGGAGAAAACUGUCGAAGCAGGAGACGGCUAUAGCACGAUCGCCGCCUUCGAUUUGGCAAGUGAGGCAUUCAAAGAAAUACCUCUUCCGAGUGGAAUAAGUUUGAAUAGAAUUAUAUGGCAAUGUAAACUCGUUGUUUUCGAAGGCUGGCUGUGUAUAGUGGAAUCGAAGUGCGAUUCCAAGAAUGACAUCUGGAUUAUGAAACAAUACGAGGUGGCUGAGUCGUGGACAAAGUAUACUUUUUUUGGUGAUUUUUUUGGAAAGAAUUUGAAACCGCUGUGUUCUAUUAAAGAUGACGAGAUGUUGUUGAGUUCGUUGAAUAAGUUGCAAGUUUACAAUUUCAACGAGUUGAGUUUGAGAGAUGCUGUUAUCGAUGCCGGUCCACACACGGUGGUAUAUGACGAGGCAUGGCCAUUCGUCGGGAGCAUUCUAUCGCCUUCUGUUGGGAGCCGUUUGUCGGAAUAA